UGAGCUGCUGCUCAAGUCAAGGAGCUGAAGAGUUGCGAUCUGCGAUUCUCCAUCGUUGGAUGUCCCGGAGACACCAGAGACUAUCCGCAGCCAAGUAUCAUAAAGCUCACUCUUCCAUCUCUGAGUUGCUGAUGGUAAAAAUCUGAGGAGGUGACAUCUAAUAGGAAGAAACUUCUAUCUCACAGUAACCAUUCCAGUUUCUCACAUCACCUACCACAUCAUGGCUAUUGUCCUCCGCUCCAGCCCCCUCCUAUGGACACGGCUGGCAGCAUUGGUCUUCGCCUGCGUGGCCUUCUCUGUGGCCGUGCAUGGAGGCCGACUCUACCACGGCACCGGAGACUGGUGCAUCUUCUGCUGGGCCUUCAGCUUCGCCGGGACUCUGCUCGUCAUCCUGGUGGAGCUGUUCGGCCUCCAGACCAGAGCCCCUGUUUCCUGGAAGAACUUCCCCAUCACCUUCGCCUGCUACGCUGCCCUGCUCUGCCUGUCUGCCUCCAUCAUCUUCCCCCUCUACUUCCUCAAGGGCUCCACAGGCCAGAGUGAAGUCCGCGACUACCGCAUUGUGGCGACCGUCUUUUCCUGCCUGGCCACUAUCGCCUACAUGACCGAGGUGAGCAUCAGCAAGGCGCGCCCUGGUGAGGUAGCCGGCUACAUGGCUACAGCUCCCGGCCUGCUGAAAGUCUGUGAGACCUUUGUGGCCUGCAUCAUCUUCGUCUUCAUCAGCGACCCUGUGUUGUACGAACGUCACGAUGCUCUCAAGUACUGCAUGUCAGUCUACUGCAUCUGCUUCAUCCUGUCGGCGGCCAUCAUCCUGCUCUGCAUAGGCGAGUGCACUGGGUGCCUCCCCUUCCCAUUUGCACGCUUCCUGUCUGCCUACGCCCUCCUGGCAGUUGUUCUCUAUCUGUCAGCGACCAUUAUCUGGCCCAUCUUCAACUUUGAUCCAAAGCACGGCGGCUCAAAAACUAGGCCCUACAACUGUAACACUGGGAUGGGUCUGUGUGUGUGGGAUAAGCUCAUGGCGGUAGCUGUGCUCACUGCUGUCAACUUCAUUCUUUACCUGGCUGAUCUGAUCUACUCUACCCGCCUGGUGUUUGUCAGUGCUUGAGGGAAGACUAAGAGUGUUGGGUGAGCAGUACGCUCCAAAUAAAACUGAUUUUGGCAAGUUUUCAAAGGUUAACAAACUGCUGUCAAAUUCAAUGCUGCAAGCAAAAACUAGUGUAAUGAUAUUGUUUGUUAAAAGGUAUCUGCACCAGCCGGAGGAGCUUUUGCAUCAUGAUGGGAGUAGACUAUAGACUUCUCCCACAUCUGGUAUGGUUUAAAGUAGUGUUUUAUACUAGUGUGACUCUAUUUGUUGCUUGACAAAAAUUUAAGGAUUUGAUUUCACUCUAAUUCUAGUAUAAGAAGAUGGUAGCCUGGAAGAAAUAGAAAUGGCCCAAAGUUAAUGUAUGACCCAGGAUGACAACAGACACACUGCGGGCACUGGGGGAAGUAAAUAAACAUGGAUUAACAAGUUCAGCUGGUCAACCCAAGUAAUCAAAAGAUAAUCUUUUUAAAUAUCAAAUGUCAUGAUAUUUUUUUACCAAGAGCAUCGAUAUUGAUGUUGCGAUGAUAUUGUUGGGUUGAGUAAUGGUGCUUUCACAAAAUAUUUACACAAUGACAUUUUUGCUAGAUAAUCAUUAAUGUGGAAAUUUUACUACUUCACUGUAAUGCAGCCUUUUUAACCAGAAAAAGACAACACUUGUGAUAAUAUCUUAAAUCUAUGAUGAUAUGUUGUCUCAUAUCACAGUAUUGAUAUAUUAUAAAUAUAUUGCCCAGCCUAAUUUUCCCCAGACUGUCAGUUUCGCCUCUGCAAACCUGCCAAAUUUGAUUUUGUAUGAAGUUUACUGCUUCAGAUGAUACAGAAAGAGAGGACGGAAAGUUGGAGGUCAAUGGCUAUGUUUACACGUACAACAAUAUUCCCUGAAAUCACUAUGGCUCUCUGUUCAUGUGUUGGAGGACAUACAUGUCAAAUCUUUCUUCCAGUGACCUGGAUAGACUCUAAUCUUGAUUAUGAGAGACCUGAAUGUGAUUGCUGGAUCUUUUCAUUGCCCACUGUAAUACUCAACAUGCAAAAUUAUUUCAUGUAUACAGAGAUGUUAUGGAGUAAUCUAUUAAAAGACCCCGAAUACUAUGUGCAUGUAAACAUAGUCUUGAAUGGCAAAUGAAGAAAAACCAAAGAAAAUGGCGGCUUAUUAUUAUUGUGUUUUUGUUGUGGCAUAAUGUAUAUGUCAGUGCUCUGCCUUAAGUUUGUCUUCAAUUUGAAGGACGAAAUGUAGAAAAACAAUGAGCUGUAAGGAACCAGGAUUAAGUUGACUGUUGGACAAUAUAUUUGAAUGUCAUACAAUGGGAAAUCUCAAACUUGGGUUUUGUUUUUUGAAUAUUUCAUUAAAGGAAUUGACACUUUUCCCACCAUUCAGCUCAGCAGCUGAUUAGCAGCUCAAAUCAUUCAUGUCAUUUUUACACAGCUCUGAUGUUGUAAGAUCUGAAAUUGGCUAGAGCAAAAUAGUUUACAUGAUGUUAUCUUGAAUGCAAAGCUAGCUUUUUGUAUUGAUAUAUGUGUAUUUGUAUCUGCAAGCUACAAUCAAUGGCAACAAUAUACAGUAUAUAUGUGGAAAGAAUAUAUGCAAGAUUGUGGAUGUAAAAACAAACAAACAAACAUGUUUAAAGUGCACUUAAUAUUAGUAUUUUCUAUGUGUGUUUAAAUUUCUGGUUUUACCCUUUCUGUCUCCAAGUAUCAAAACGUUGAUUAACACCACAUUCACACUACUAAAUUCUUGCACGUUGUUGAUUGGGUCUAUUGGUUUUACACUGCUGUAAUAAAUACUCUGAGAAAGAAACCAAAAACAGUGCUUCUCUCUCCCUCUCUCUCUCUAGAUGAUGUUAGUGUUAUAUUAUUCAGCUUUUUUUAUAGUCCACUGUUCAUGUUUCAAUUGUGCAUACCACAUCUGAGUUGUAGGAAAAAAUAAUCCAGUGUUUCAAUAAAACCACAUGUUAAAUGGA